GACCACAACAGUUUGCUCUUUUUCUUCUCUGUGUAUUACCUCUCUUUCUUUUUCUAACUUUCUCUCUCGUGCUCAACUUUCUUUUCCUUUCCAAGAUUUUCCCGGGAAUCUGAGAGAAAAUAUUCGAGUCCAAGGGGUGUGGCAUUUCAGAGAUAGUUCCUUUAAGUGAAGCCAAAGAGAGUGUAGUAGCUACUGAGAGCUUCGACUUUUCUUAUUCCAAAACAUUUAUUCCAUUUGCUACCUUUCCGGUAAAGCUAUUGCCCACGAACCCAUCUUUCUUUCCUUUUCUUUUUUUUUUAUCGAUUUGUUUUUUUCUUUCCGAAACUUUCCCAGAAAAUUUGCCAUUUCCCAUUUUCCAUUUUCAUCAAUUUCCUCUUUUUUCCUUUUUCUCUUUCUCAGUUUGGGGUCUCCAACUCUCAGUCUCUUCUCCCCAAAUCCACGCUCAGGAUAGUAUAUAUCUCUCUGCUUUUUCCGUACUGUGGGUCUCUUCUAUAAUUUCCUUUUCUCUCUCGUCACGCUUACUCUUCGUUUUUCUCUCUCCUUUUUUCUGGGUGUGACUUUCCGUGAAAUUUCUCGUCCUUUCAUAAACUUUUUCAAGCGUUUUAUUUAAAACCCAAAACCAGUGGUGGAAGAUAUUUUUUUUAAUUUUUUUUUCCAAAGCUUUGCUUGCUUCUCUUUAACGUGUCUCUGUUUCAGCUUUACCUUCCUUUAUUAUCUUCUCCAUAAGCUUCUUCUUCUUCUUCUUAUAAUCUCUUUUUUUUUAUUCUCUCCUCGUGUCUAGUCUCAAAGGAAUCUCUCUUUUUUCUCUUCACUUUUUACUCCAUUAUUUCACUCUCACUCACUGCUCACUUCGCUUUCAAAUGCCAUAACAACACCACUUGAGAAUCUCAAAAAGAGAAGCUUCUCAAACAUGAAUCGAGGAGGUCCAGUAAUCAAGUUUUCCGAGCACAAAAACCACACUAAGCUCAGUACCCAACAACAACACAAUACGAAAACGGCUCCAUUGCCGGCGCCGGAGAUGGUCAGACCAAGGAUAGUACGUAUUUCAGUCACUGACGGCGAUGCCACCGAUUCUUCCAGCGACGAGGAGGAAUACAACAACCGUGUCCACCCAUUUGGUCGUCAGAGAGUUAAGAAGUUCGUUAACGAGAUUACCAUUGAGUCGUGUUCGAGCGAAACCAGUGCCGUUUGGAAGAGCAGAUCGUCGAGAAACUCCCGGAAGAGGCCCGCCACAGGAAGAACUAGAGUCCCGGCCGCGACUCGCCGGAGUAUGAAGGCGACGUCGUCUCCGGCAGCCGUUGUAGCGGCAAAGAAGUUCCGCGGUGUGAGACAGAGACCUUGGGGAAAAUGGGCGGCGGAGAUCAGAGAUCCUCUGAGACGUGUACGGCUCUGGCUCGGUACGUACAACACCGCAGAGGAAGCUGCCAUGGUGUACGACAACGCGGCCAUUCAGCUGCGUGGACCCGACGCGCUCACUAACUUCGCUACGCCACCGGUAACGGUCAAUGUUGUUUCAGAGAAUAAAACGACGGUUAGUUCCGGCUACUACUCAGGCGAGGAAUCGAACAACAACCUUUGCUCUCCAACCUCAGUUCUUCGGUGUCCUUCGCCUUCGAUCGAAGAAGCCGACUCACCAGCCUCGAAAGAAAAGCGAGAUAUCGGCGAAAUGCGAGACGAUUCCUGCGUAUCAGAGAACUUCUCGGAGUUUUCAGAGCAUUCUAGUUACGGUUCGUUCAUUCCCGACGAUAUUUUCGAUUUCCAUAGCUCCAUACCCGACUUUUUCGACGAGACGAGUUUACGAGACGGUAUUUUGUGUGAUGACUUCUCCGACAUUUUCACCGAGACAUGUUGGGAUUUCGGUGUUGCCUCCAAAACGUUCCCAAUGGAUGAUUAUUUUCAAGAUAUCGGCGAUAUUUUCAGUUCAGAUCCUCUCGUUGCUCUAUGAGACAACACAGCUUCUAUUCCAUCAAUCUCACGAUUUUUGGCAAAAAUUUUUGUACCGGCGGGAAUCGAAAUAUCGGCUGUCUUUUUUUUUUUUUCUUGUAAUUUUUUUUUUCAAAUUUUGUUUGUAUUAGUUUAUUUAUUUUAACCAUAUAUAUUAGUGUUAAUUAAUGUAAGAAAAUCUCCGUCACAGUAACGGUGAUGGACGAGUUUGAGUUAAAUUGUACGGUCGUUUGUUACUAUCCUUUGUUUAAAUAAAAAAAAAAAUUAAUUGCACGUGCCCUUCCACGUGACUUUCCA